AUGGCAGUCCACUUCGUGCUUUUGCUGUUCUUUGUCCUAAAUGGAGCUGAUGGGUCUCGUAUUGUUGGAGGCAGAGAUGCUCCCCCACAUUCACGCCCCUACAUGGCCUCACUGCAGUUUCGAGGUGGCCACAACUGUGGAGGAGUGCUGGUGAGAGAAGACUUUGUGCUCACAGCCGCACAUUGUGAGAUAUCAAGACCGUACAAAGUUGUGGUCGGAGUUGAUUCCCUGUCAGGUAAUGAGUCGACAAAGCAGGAGUUCACCACUGUUAGAUCAAUUCCACAUCCCAAUUAUGAUGGACAUGCAAAUGACAUCAUGCUCCUAAAGCUCAACCGCAAGGCCAACCUGACAUCAGAAGUGCAGCUAAUCUCUCUUAUGAGGCGCCGUGUAACAAGAACCAGUCGGUGCAUCACAACUGGCUGGGGAGAUAUAGGUGAUAACAACACCUUACCAAGCACGCUUCAGGAAGUCAACGUAACCAUCAUAACACAGAGGUCAUGUCGUAGAUGAUGGGGAAUGGUUCCCAUCACCGGCUUAAUGAUUUGUGGCACUGGUUCCAGUGUGUUUCAAGGCUUUUGCUCGGGUGAUUCAGGUGGUCCAUUGGUGUGUGAUGGAGAAACAGCAGGCGUGGUCUCCUUCUCUGGCCAGAGAUGCGGUGACCCCAGAACCCCUGAUGUCUACACGCGCAUAUCAUCCUUCAGGGAAUGGAUUACAACUGUACUGAACAACAAUAAGGAAAAUUAUGAUAAACAGUAGUGCACAAAUAUGCUGUAUUGAAUCAUAUAGUUCAAGACUCUUAAAAUCUUUAAAAUAUAAAGAUAGUGCUGUGGUUGUUAAGGCAACAUUUUUUGUUUUUGUUUCCACAUCUAGUUGUUUUUGCUACACAAAAGGACUGAUUUUGUUUAGUAUUAUACAUCAUCCACGGGUCAGAGGUCAGACAAACUGUUACUUUUUACUUAACAUUCAUUCUGAAGAUACACAAAGCUGAAUAUAAUAAUAAACUAAAAAUAAAAAUGUAUUUCCAUGCAUUGUAAUGAAAAUAUUGUACCAAACAAUGA